UUUGCUUAAAACUUUGCGGUUAGAAGCUAUAUAAGAACUCUUUACAUAAUAACUUGUAUAAAUAAUGUUUAAAUAUUUACAACUCUCCUCAAUUAAUAUAAAAAAAUACUGUACUAUCAUUUAUAUAUAGCUUUAGACCAGUAUUGAUAUUAAAAUGUCUUUAAUUAAAAGAGUAAGAGUUAUAAAUUCAAAAUGUUUUACAUUAAUACCAAUUACAAAGUCAUCAAUUAGAAAACGAAGCAGUUUAUGCCUAUGGCAACAGGAUAUAUCUACAGAAAUUAAACUAAAAAUUGAAAGACACUGGUCUAAGAUUGUAUUUAAUAAUAAUAAUAAUGAUGUACACAAUUGUUAUUACAUAUUACCAAUGUUCCCCUAUCCAUCUGGAAAUUUGCACAUGGGACAUGUAAGAGUUUAUUCAAUAUCAGAUACAAUUGCUAGAUUUUAUGCAAUGAAUGGUAAAAAUGUUAUUCAUCCGAUUGGUUGGGAUGCUUUUGGUUUACCAGCUGAAAAUGCAGCCAUAGAACGUAAUAUUGCACCUCAUAAGUGGACAAAUGCAAAUAUCAAUUCAAUGAGGAAACAACUGCUGCAAUUAGGCUUAAAUUUUGAUUGGAGUCGAGAAAUAUCCACAUGUGAGCCUCAGUACUAUAAAUGGACACAAUACAUAUUUUUGAAAUUAUUUGAAAAGGGACUGGCAUACCAAAGUAAGGCAAAAGUGAACUGGGAUCCUAUGGACAAAACAGUUUUAGCUGAUGAACAAGUAGAUGACUCUGGAUUUUCUUGGAGAUCAGGAGCAAAAGUUGAAUCCAAAACUCUGACUCAAUGGUUUAUUAAAACUACAAAAUAUGCCAAACAAUUGUAUGAUGGAUUGGAUAGUGAUUACUUAGAGAACUGGAAAGACAUUAUCAAUUUGCAAAAGCACUGGAUAGGAGAAUGUGAUGGAAUUGUAGUAUCAUUUACAAUAAAAAUAGGAAACAAAGUUAAAAAAUUUGAUGUUUGGACACAUGAGCCCUAUAGAUUUCUGCAUGGCCAAUUUUUAACAAUGAGUAAAAAUAACAUUAUACUUCAGGAAGCGACAGAUGCAGACACAAAUAUUUUAUUUUGUUUCAAUCCUAUUACUGGUACUGAUCUACCAAUUUACAUAACAGACAAAGUGAAUUAUCCAAUUGGAAGAGAUGUCUAUAUAGCCUCACCAGCAACAAAUCAAGAUGAUUUUAAAUUAGCUACAUCCCUAAAUAUAUCAGUCAAUAAAAAUGACAAUGAAAUAGACUUUGAAAGUGAUAAUCAAAAAGUUAUAGGUAUAGCACAAAAAAAGAAUGUGGGUGGCUAUUUUGUAAAUUCAAAUCUUAAAGAUUGGCUAAUAUCUAGGCAAAGAUAUUGGGGUACACCUAUACCAAUAAUACAUUGUGAUAAAUGUGGUACUGUACCUGUACCAUAUACAGAACUUCCUGUUAAAUUGCCACAUAUUGAAUCUUCAGAGUAUGGCAGUCAAACAUUGACUAAGUUAAAUGACUGGGUUAACUGUAAAUGUCCAAAAUGUCACUGUGAUGCUAAAAGAGAAACUGAUACCAUGGAUACAUUUGUAGAUUCAUCUUGGUAUUAUUACCGAUUUUUAGAUUCACACAAUGAAAUGGAACCAUUUGAUAAGGAAAAGAUAAAUACUAAGAUGCCUGUUAAUAUUUAUGUCGGGGGUAAAGAACAUGCCGUACUACAUUUGUAUUAUGCUAGAUUUAUGAGUUAUUUUUUACAUUCACUUGGAUGGACACCAACAGCAGAACCCUUCAAGAAACUUCUUGUACAAGGAAUGGUUAUGGGGCAGUCAUAUAAAUUAAAAUCAACAGGAAAAUAUUUACAUCCUGAGAAUGUUGAAAAGAUUGGAAAAGAAUAUAAAGAAAGACAAUCUGGAGAACCAGUAGAAAUGCAAUGGGAAAAAAUGAGUAAAUCGAAGUUCAAUGGAGAAAAUCCUGAAAGAUUAUUAUCAAAUUAUGGAUGUGACACAACUAGGCUUCUUAUAUUGGCAGAUGUUCCUCCAGCUACAAACAGGAAUUGGUCAGAUGCAACAUUACCAGGAGUUUUAAACUGGCAAAAUCGGCUGUGGAUUACCAUAAGAGAUUUUCUCAAACACCGAAAUAAUACUUCCAUAGAAAAUAACUUGAGUGAUGAAGAAUAUACAAAACUAGAAUCAAAAAUAUGGGACUCGAAAAAUUACUUUAUUGCAACCUGCACUUAUCAUUUCCAACACACCCACAAACUCAGUGUCGGCAUUUCAAGAUUGCAAGGUUUAACAAAUACAUUAAGAAAUAAUUUACCAUGUGAAUUUAUAAGCAACAGUGAAGAAUUCGAAAAGGCAUUGGCAUGCCUAAUUAUUAUGUUGGCACCAGUCAUGCCACAUUUCUGUUCAGAACUCUGGGCGGGCUUCAUAUCAGCUCCUAAUAGAAAAUCUGGAAUAAGAAAUAAUGUUAUUAACUGGAAUAAAAAUGUACUUGAACAAAAAUGGCCAAGAGUUGAUGAUAACUACAAAUUAUCCUUUUUAUGCAAGGUUGAUGGGGCAGAUAGAUGUGAUCUGAAAAUUAAAGCUACAGAACUUGAUAACCUAAGCUCGGAACAAGGGUUAAAAAUAAUGUUGGAUCAAACUGCUAUAUCAAGAAGAACAAAGAAUGGAAUACUAAGAACUAAAUAUGAAUUAUAUCCAGGUUGUAGGGCUAUAUUGCACAUAUUUACAAAAAAACAAGUAAAGCAGACCAAGGAAGAUAAUAACGAAGUUGCAAAUGCCCAAGCAAAUUAAAAAAAAAAUACUACGUAUCAUCUUGUAUAACAAAGAUUAGAGAGUCUGAUAGCGACGCUUUAUGAUAAUUUCUAGAAAUUGCUGCCAAUAACCCGUCGGUCGUCGUAAAAUAAUAAGUCGGUAUGAAAUAAUGACACAAUGCACUAGUUUAUUACGUCUCAACGCAUUGAGGUCUAUUAUAGUCUAUGGAUUCUAUCAUGAUUCAUAUAAAGACAUUAGACUAUCACACUGUCUAUAUAAUAAACAGUAAUUAAUUCUAUCCUUACUCCAUAAACUAAAUGCUCUAGGAAUAAAUUACGUGUUAUCUAAUGGAAACCAUAUAUGUACUGGUAUAUUUAAAGUAGCUAUUUAAAUUAAUAAAUAAUGACUCAACAUAUUUUAUAUGAAUGUCAAAGACGGCUACUAGCUCUGAUAGACAUCCCUGACAUCUGAUAGACUGUGUAAAAUUAGGUACGUACACAAAUUUCCAUGAAAGUAGUAACAAUUUUAAAAAGUUUCACUAAGCCAACCGAUACGAAAAUAAUAUUUAUUAUAAUUUUGCAAGAAGAGGCACCGAAACAUUAACUGAUAUACAAAGAACAAGAAGUGAAGUGAAUGUAUAAUGAAUAAUAUAAAUGAAACAAUAAACAAUUAUUCCUGUUCAAUAUAUUUUUAAUUAAUCCUAAAGCUGCCUUAUAUCUGUAACUUGGUUGUAUAAUUUAUGUAAUGAAUAUAAUGUACCUAGUGAUUGGAUAUCCAUAUAGAAUUUACUAUAAAUAACAUAUUUUGUACAAACUAAAAUGUUAUAUCAAUUUUUUCUGUCAUACAU